AUGUCCUGCACCAGCCUGUGCAACACCUCCUGUGGGGUGGCCGCCCCGGCCCCGCUGGCUGACACCUGCAACGAGCCCUGCGUGCGGCAGUGCCCUGACUCCACGGUGGUGAUCCAGCCACCACCCUCGGUGAUCACCUUCCCCGGGCCCAUCCUCAGCUCCUUCCCGCAGCAGAGUGUUGUUGGCUCAGCGGGAGCUCCCGGUGUUGGCGGAGGCUACGGCGGCACUUUUGGAGGCCGUGGUGGUUUUGGAGGCUAUGGAGGCUAUGGGGGCUACGGGGGCUAUGGGGGUUAUGGAGGUUAUGGGGGCUAUGGGGGUUAUGGGGGCUAUGGAGGAUUUGGCGGUUGUGGAUAUGGUGGUUGGGGCCGAGGCCACAGGUACCUCAAUGGGAACUGUGGACCCUGCUAA